AUGGAGAGCCUGAACAUUUUACUCCGUGACAGUCUAUUCGGUCGGUUGCUCAACUAUGCGUCGAAGGGCCGAUUUUUCUCUUACAAUGGAUCUAAAACCCUUAAAGAUGAAGACCUCCCAAGCCCAGACCCCCAGCGGCGGAUCAUAGUAGGCUUCGAUGGCCCUGAUGAUCCAGACAUCCCUCAAAAUUGGCCCACGCUGGCAAGGACGGUCGCUGGGCUCAAUGUAAUGGUCUUGAACUUCAGCUUCUAUGCAGCAUCAGCAAUCUUUACGCCGAGUAUUUCGGGUAUCGAAGAAGCAUUUGGAGCUACCACUUCUGAGGGCACACUGGGGCUUUCGCUCUUUGUUAUUGCGUACGGAAUUGGGCCUCUAAUUGUAUCUUUCUCCUCUGUCGAGCCUGCCGACACUCGGGCGUUCGCCGGUAUAUGUCCUUGGCUGCCUUACUUUCUGCUUGCUCAACAUCGGAACGGCUCUGGCAAAAAAUCUACAAACUGUUUUAGUACUGCGCUUUUGGGGGGGGGGGGCUUCAUCGGAAGCGCACCUAUCAGCGUCGGUGGCGCCUCGCUGAUGGAAAUUUACAGGCCAACUGAGGUUCCCUACGCAAUUGCAUUGUACGCAGUCAGCGGAGUUUGUGGGCCUAUUCUGGGACCGAUUCUUGGAACCAUUGUAAUAAAACGUUGGAAAACCUGGACAGCAACGCUCUGGCUUCUUUCCGGCAUCAUGGCUUUCACGACCGUAUCUAUUUUCUUCUUUUUACCUGAGACGUCACCCUCGAAUAUCCUUCUUCGUCGAGCAAAGCGCCUUCGCGCGCAGACGGGCAAUCCUGCCUACCAGAGUGAAGCUGAGAUCGAACCACCAAGCGAAAAUCUCGCUGUACGCAUUGUCAAGGACAUGGGCAGCAAUCUCAAACUUUCCUGUCUGGACCCAGUCAUUCUAUUUGUUAACAUGCACACAAUGCUAGUUUACAGUGUCCUAUACCUUUGGUUUGAGUUCUUCCCAUUCGUUGCCUUCUUCGGUAUCCUCGCUGGAGCAGCGGUUUCGGUCGUUGCAUACAUUCUGUGGUUAUACUUUUCUUACCAGCCACGAGUGGCAAAUGCAAAUGUCAUUAUCGAGCCAGAGGCUCGCCUGGUUCCUGGACAAAUAGGAGCUGCUUGCAUUCCAAUUUGUCUUUUCAUCUUUGCAUGGACAUCCCGAGCAAGCGUACACUGGAUUGUCCCGAUCAUCGGAACAGCAUUCUUUGCACCGGGCUUCUACCUCGCCUUUCAAUCCAUCCUUAAUUACCUAGGCGAAUCCUAUCCGCGCUAUGUGGCAAGCGUAUUUGCCGGUAACAACUUCUUCCGAAGCUCAUUUGGAGGAGCACUGCCGCUGGCUGCACCACGCAUGUUGAAUUCACUUGGAAUUGGAUGGGUCUCGAGCACGCUGGGGUUCAUCUCUGUUGCCAUGUACGGCAAGAGACUGCGUUCUUGGAGUCCAUUUGCGAACUAA